CUUGAAUUCACAUCCAACGGACGAGCCAAUGAGGACGACCUAAAUCCCUAGUCGGGCGAUUCCCCAAUCCCCAUCAACUCCGCCGGGGCGCCGCCCCUCCCCUCCUCCUCUCUGCCCGUCGGCUGCGCCGCCGCACCGGCCGCCGCCUCGACCAGCGGUUGACGGCGGCCCAGGUUCGGAAACCAUUCACGUACCCCGCAUCGGCCGCACCUCCCCUCGCCGCCUCGCGCGUCGCAACUUCGCCGCGCAAGCAGUCGACCCUGCGAUCCACAAGGCUGCAUCGGCCGUCAAGACCUUCGCCGUUAUUUUGCUUAUGCCGAAGGACAGACGUUGCUAGGUUGUGAUGAUUACGAUUAAACUCGAUGUUAAGUAAUUUUGCACUCAUCUGAUGAUUUUAGGUCAAAACCCGAAAUUUGUACUUCAGUUUAGGCAAUCCCACCCACAGGGUCAACCUAUUUGUGAGGUUGCUAAUCCCUUCAGUAGGCACUUUAUUUUUGCCCCAAGUUUGGAAAGAGUAGAUCAUUAUAUCACCAUAUUUAAAGUCAUGCUAUGAAUCUAUAAUCUUGCAAUAAGUGCCCUCUGCGGCCCUGUUCUUUUUGGCUACUUUAUUUGAUCAUGCCUCUAAAAAUAUGUUUUCUCGAAAACUUUCUUCUACUGCAUUGUUUAAACCACAUUUUCUAAGCUAUUUUUAAGUUUAUUUCUUAAAAUGUUUAGUUUAUCCAUAUAAUCAAUUAGAUAAUCUGUGAAAACAAUAUGCAAUGCCAAAUGUAAAAUUGUAACAGAUCUGUGACUAUAAACUCAAGAGUCCCAAUCUGAAUCUGUCCCCCUCAAUGGAAAGAUUGUGUCAUGACAUUGCAAAAUCUUAAGCAAUAUACCAGUUCUUUAAACUGCCUUGGUUUUUUAGAAGUUAUAUUUCAGAGAGGUGCUCCUAUGCACCUUCUUUCAGAUUUGCACAAAUGUUAUGUUAUUACGAUUCUGCUUAAGUCAUAAUACUUCUGCCGCAGAAGGUUAUGAGACAUAAAUUACAUACUUUUUUUUGUUCCAUGUUUGCUGAACCACUUUUUUUUUCCCUUGCCCAGUCUAGAGACAGUUAUUCAGACAUGCUUGAAGGAGGCAACUUUUCCAACCAGGAGACCUUGUACGAAGUUCUAUCCGUGAGGAAAGAUGCUACAUAUGAUGAAAUUCGUGCAGCAUAUAAGUCUGCUGUACUAAAUACACAUCCUGACAAAGCACAGAUGGCUCUCAAUCCAUUGGUGUCUUCCAGUGAGCGAAAUGAAUUUCUCAGUGUGCAAAAGGCAUGGGAAAUCCUACGUUAUCCCAAAUCUAGAGCAGAAUAUGAUAAGCAACUGCAAUCUUCCCGACAGAACCUUGAAAUUGUUGCAACUGAAAUUGAAAUUGAUGACAUGAUCGUUGAAAGUACUGCUGAUUCUGUGGAGCUUUUGUAUCCUUGUAGGUGUGGUGAUUAUUUCUCAAUCACUUCACGUGAACUUGGUCAGAUUGGAAUUUCAGUCAGGGAGGACGGAGAGAUGGAAUUGCACACUUCUGAUUCUGUUCCAUCAUCUGUUGUUCUUGGCUGUGGCUCAUGUUCUCUUAAGGCACGAUUGGUUACAAAUAAAACUUGAUGGUAAUUUUUUUUUGUUUGCAUCUAUCAGUAUGCUUGCCAGCAAAGAUCAAUAUAAAGAUGCUACCUCCUAUUCUUCGAAGAAUUCGGCGUGCACAUGGAACGUACAUUGCUGUUUAAAAAUGAAAUUCUGGAAGAAUGUACCUCUGAUCAUCCUCAAUGCAGUGUGACCAAUGAAAUUUUGUAGUACUACAUGUAAGCUCUGUUGGUUGUAGGGUUAUAAAUGACAUUUUGACCGUUGUAAUCAGCUAACCACCUUUUGUCAAUUCAGGCCGCAGCGAAUUAAAGGUGCUUAUCUGGUGAUUAAUACAUGUCUUUUGGUAAA